UAAUUUCCAUAGGAAUCAGGAAGUUUUGACAUUAAUCAACAACACGCGAACGUCGAGAACUUUCCGUUUAGCGACUCUAACUCUUUGAAUGUUUUAUACUUAGUAGAAGGCAGAGCAUUCAUGGACUGAAGCGGUGCUAAAGUUUUAUCUCAGAAUGUCUUUUUCUCGAGCAGUUCUGAUGUUACUUUGUAUAUCGCUGUCGUCAGCGGUACACGUUUUAACGCGGCUUCCUCUCCAGUGCUCUCAACAGGUUUUAGGAUGUACUGUCAUCACAAGUAACUGUAUGGACAGAGGUUGGCUGGUGUCACACAAUUACACUCCCAGUGGUCCAGAGAAUCUGCAGGUGUCUUGGGACAUCAAAGAGGAUCAGACAGGACAAUUAUUCACUGUUCUGGUUGCCAACUGGACAAUAAAAGAUGAAGGCAGUAUAUUCUACCUAAAGGCUACUGAGCUUCAAGUUCUGGUGGAGUCAACAAAUCAAAACCUGUGCGUUCGAUAUUCUUUCAAAGACAAACUUGGAAUGAGAAAUCCAUCAGGGAAAAAGUGGUCAUUUUCAGCUGCCAUGGUGGUUUUGGACCCAGGUCAGAAUUACAGUAUCUCUGUCGUCAACAUACCAAAACCAGAGAUGGGCCACAGCACUUAUGACGUCCGUGGUCUUGUUGCUGUUCCUGAUUGUCGACAUCCUGAAAUAAAGAUGACCCAAUUUUGCAAAGAGAGAGGAAGUCUGUGGGAGCCAAACAUCACUUUGAAUGUGAUCACUGCAGUCAGGAGGAAAUCUACCGUUGUUGUCAGCUUCAGUCCUCAUCACCUGUGUGAAAAAUAUUUAGUUAUCCUUAGAUGCUUUAUUCCUACACAUUCAGAGAGCCAUACCUUACACAAGGUUAAUCAGACAACCCAGGAUGUAACAUUCAACAUUGACCAAUGGCCAAAAUCCUGCUGCAUAUUUGAAGCUGAGAUAAAUCCUUUCUUCCAACAAUGUGGCAAUGACUGCACCCGAGAAAGAAAAACUCUGAAUAUUUGCACUGCAAAUCCAACAAAUACGCCAGAUGUAUCAUUUCACACAUAUACAUUUGCUGCAUUUGGAGUAUUGCUUACAUUUGUUGUCACAGCAGCUGUUAUAUGUGUCAUCUGCAGGAAACCAGGCAAAAAUAAAGUUGUAGACGAUUUGGGAGUUGGUAUUCCAGUGCAGCAGCCUAAUCGACACCCCACAGUUCUGGUCAUCUACUCCCACGACCACUACCUCUACAGGGACAUAGUGCUAAAGCUCUGUGCUUUCCUCCAGGCCAAGUGUGGGACCAAGGUGCUGGUAGAUUUGCUAGACUCUACUUCAGUUAACAUGGUGGGUCGUGUCGGUUGGCUUGAAAGGCAACGGCAACAACUCAAAAAUCCGUCAGAUAAAAUCCUGGUGCUGUGCUCGCAAGGUGUUCAGGCAAAGUGGAGAGCCAUUUGUGGGCAUGAUCGAGUAACACUAAAAGAGGACCUUCUCUCCCCCACAGAUGACAUGCUCACCCCCUUUCUUAACCUUUUUCUACCUGACAUGCACCAGGCAGGCACUUUGGGCAAGUAUGUGGUGGCUUACUUUGACGACAUCAGCACUGAAGAAGAUGUGCCAUCAGUCUUUGACAUUGCAGUCAAAUACAAGCUAAUGAAACAUUUUGAGGAGCUGUACUUCCGCAUUGCAGGCAUUGAAAAGUAUCAGCCAGGUCAGGUCAACCACAUCAAGGGCAUUGGUGGGGAAGAAUAUUUUAACUGUCCCUCAGGCAGAGCCCUGAAGAAUGCUAUUGAAGCCUUCCAAGCUUACCAGUUGAAAAAUCCAGAUUGGUUUGAAAAGGAGUGUGUGAACAGUGAGGAGGAGAUCAUGGCCACAAACAACCUUCUCAUUGACCAGCUGCAGUACCCUCCAGCCUUUCAGUGUGUUCCUCUAAUCAAAAAUGGCCUUCCCAUCUACAUCCAUGAGGUAGACAUGCCUGAAAAUACAAACAGUGUACUUGAACUGACACCUGAAGUAAACCUGGAGAACCAGCUGUCAUUGAUGGCAGAAGUUAUAGCAGUAAACCAUGAUUGUAAACAACAGUAUCCAUCAAACCUGGAUCAAGUGUUAUCAAAUGUAUUGAUUCCCAGUCCACAAUCUGUUUACACAGCUAAACCUAUUUUCAUCAAGCCACAGAAACCAAGUCAAAACCAACUAUCUCUCGAGAAAGAACUGUUUGGCCAAAUUCCCACUGACGAUGAUGAAGAGGAUUCACUGCUGCCCAUGAGACAACUCUCUACUCAGUCAGAUCUAAGAAGCCCUGUCAUACAGAACACUCUGAAUUGCUCCUGUUCUUACAUUCACAGUGAAUACUUACCUCCACCUGAGAUUAACCACUUUCAGCCUGUGGAGAUGGAGGAGGAGGGUGUACUGGAACCAAGUGAGAAGGGUCAAAGCAGUGGAUCUGAUCAAGGCUACAGCUCCAAAGUUUCCUCACAGCAUGAAUCCCCAUUUAAGGAGGAUCCACUUGUAGCUUUGGCAAAACUACAGAAGGAACUCUUUCAGCAGGAUCUCAGAUACUCAGGACUUGGUCCUGAUGACUAGACUGAUGCACAGUCUAGUAAUAUAAUCAACAACUUUGCUGAGACGUGCAAGAGAACUUGUGCGUUUGUAUAUGGGUGACUUUUUCUAUAAUAACCAAUUCACUUAUUACAUGUUUUAUUUUAAACUACUAAACAUUUACACAUAUAUCAGUCCAAUGAUACGUGUCUUCUGAAGUUUGUUUCCCUCAUUUAGUAUUUUUUCAUAAUAAUAUUCUACAUUAUAACAUUUUGUAUGUGUUCCUGAAGUUGUUGUCCACCAUGUCAUUGUGGGGGAACUCCCUGUCCUGCUGGUGUCAUCAGUAGUUGCUUCAGGUGCAGGUAAUGGGAGUGAGAAAUAUGUAUGUUUUAGGUUAUUGUUACCAGGCUUUUCGAAAAUGACCUUCUUUUUGGGAAUUUGUCAAUUGUCCAUGAAAUUAAAACAACAAUGUGAGCUAUUUGAAGGGCAGUGAUCAAUAGCGACAUGGGACAGCAAUCGUGAAAAGAGCUCUAAUUGAAAACAAGGUUUUAAAGAUUUUUUUCUUUUUACAGUAACUUGUUUUGUUGAAAAGGAGACAAUAUUUUCUGAAACUGUACAUUUUGUAAGCACAAAAAAUGAAAGUGUAUUUAUUGACUCUGAGUUUGUCUAUAAUUCUUAAUUCUCUCUUAUAUAAAUAGCUAAUUAGUUAUAUUAUUAGCAGUUGUAUGUAUUUAAAAAUGCUUCUUGUGUACCAACUGUGUGCACUUAUGGUCACCGGCUAUCGAACUGCAACUGUAUGAACCUAUGGUUAAGUUUCAUCACCCACACAUAAUAGAUUUAUUAUCACAAUAACAUAAUGUGACAAUUGCUAAAAGACCCAAUCGAACUAUUGUCUGACAACAAGAUAUAAGACUUUAAAUCUUUAAUCUUUAAAAAAAUUAAUGUUUUGAUUUUUGCAUUCAUGUUUUUCUCAUUUACACUGCACUUCCUGGAAGUUUUUUUGUCUCACAUUUACCGUGCUAAUAAAAUAAAGAACCCUGAUUUAAGCUA